AUGCCCAACUCGUUCGCUUUGGCUCUUCGACGUCGGAUAGUCCGUCUUCGCCUCAAAUCACGCCAAAGUCUCAUAGCAGCUACCGUUACUAUAUUUAUUCUAUUCCAGAUUUUCAGUUUUCAACAGGGCUCUGUUGCUUGGACACCAUGGAGCCAUAAGUCUAUCCUCAAACCAGGCGAUUUCCUAGAAUACCCCACCUACGACAGAGUGCCAGAUCCCACCCAAGAUAUCAUUCCAGACGAAAAUAUAUUGGGAAUUACCCAUGAUCAAAGAAACGAAGACUUUUAUCUCGGGGGGACAUUAUCAUUGACCUCACAAAGCGGCACUCCAAAAACGCACCCAUCUCCUUUUAUCUACGACCCUUACCCUGAAUAUAAUAGCAGAAAAUGGCGCGAGAAAUGGCAAGGCGAAUUCAAGCCGUGUCUUGGACCCCGAGGCCGAAUUUUAGACAAAACCCGAUUUCCGAAACCUUCGUUUGGAUCCUACGAAGCACUAGGUUUAGACGGAAAUGUUUGCACAGAUCGAUAUGGCCGCUUCGGAGCAUAUGGGCAUGAUGAACAGACGAGCAGCGUUGUCCCCGGGUUCAGUAGACCUAUCGCGACCCUCUGGGAUGAGGUUAAUUGGGGAAACCUCCAGAGAAUGUGUUUCGAACAAAAUUCGAAUCGAUACCAAACGGAAUCAACAGAACAGAAGAAAUUGCCGUUAGCACCUCCAGCGUCACAACAGCCGCGAACUGACCGAUCACCACCAAGCGACCCAAAAUCCCCGCAGCACCAUUCACGCUCCGCGGUGAUCAUACGAGGAUGGCACGAUAUGACCUGGACACAAAAUGAUUUCAACUAUCUUCGAUCGUUAAUCAUGGAACUGUCCCUUCAUUCAGGUGCAGAAUAUGAGGUUUUCCUCUUGGUACACGUUUUGGACGAUUCAAUUUCUAUUUCUUCAGAUGAAGAUAUUCAACGCCUGAAAGAGUCGAACAUUCCAGAAGAAUUUUGGGGUCUUACAGUGUUUUUCAACAAUGAAAUGUUGAAUAACUGGUAUCCCAAGAUAGUCGAGCACAAGGCAAUUUUCCAGCACUUUCAACCAGUCCAAAUAUUUUCUCAGAUAUUUUCUGAUUUUGAUUAUUAUUGGCAAUUCGAAAUGGACUCUAGGAAUUUCGGUCAUAUGUAUCAUUUUCUCGGUAAAGCAGUCGAAUUCGCCAAAGAACAGCCACGGAAAUACCUCUGGGAGCGCAACGCAUACUUCUAUGUCCCCGGUGUUCAUGGAUCAUGGUCUGAUUUCUCAAAUAUGGUUGCAUCAAAAAUGCUAGGAAAGGACAGUGUAUGGGGCCCUGUUCCAGCAGAAGGAAUGCAACCGAUCGGGCCGGCCGGGCCAGCGCCACCAGUUCCUAAUCCGCAAGAUGAUAAUUUUGAAUGGGGAGUUGGCGAAGAACCUGAGCUGAUCACCUUCCUACCGAUAUUCGAUCCGCAAAACUCAGGAUGGGGAUUCGGAGACAUAAUCUAUGGCUUCCCCCAAGAAGCCGAGACCCCACGACGAACAUCUGUGAUCACCAUGUCCCGUCUCUCCAGAAAUCUCCUCAACUUGAUGCAUGAUCCGUUAAUAGUCGCGGGACAGGCCGUGGUUUCGGAGAUGUCCCCCGCGACAUCGGCACUUCAACAUGGCCUCAAAGCCGUUCAUGUGCCACAUCCCGUUUUUAUCGAUGGCCAGUGGACUCCGAAAGAGCUUGACAAAAUUUACAACCGUGGCCCCCCAGAAAAAAUCAGUGGUACUCAGGGCAGUAUCUGGGAAUAUAAUAUGAUAAAUCGUAUCAUGUAUCGCAUUUCGUUUAUGUAUUCCUCUCAACUAUCGGAAGACCUCUUUCGACGAUGGCUGGGGUAUAAGCCAAGUCUGAGUCAAUACACAGAUGGCUCUCGUCAUGAAGAUGCCGAAGGCCUGUUGUGGUAUGAUGGGGGUGUUUUGAAAGAGGAUAUUUAUGGACGACUCUGCUUCCCCCCAAUAUUUGUGCACCCAGUUAAAAAUACGGACGAGGAGCUUACCUCGUCAAGGCCAGUCCAUGGAUUCAGUGAUUAA